AUCAUCUUCCAUGUCUCCUAAGAGCGCAGCCCACUGUGAUUAUUUUCUCCUGCUGCUGCAGCUCACGGCUGUUCAAACAUUCGCGAUCUCUCUUUCUCCUCAGAGCGUCUCACCAAGAAUGUCAGGCGUCUGCGUCUAGGUUUUGUUUAAAGUCUGAAUCUAUUCUCUUUCAGUCUGAGCUAGGUUAUCAAGGAGACCAAAUAGGUAUUUCUCAGUGUGAAUAUCCUUUGAGUAAAGUCAACAUUUGAGUCUUGUGUCUCCGCGCUCGCCUUCAGUCAGUCUCGCGCUCCGCGGGCACGGGACUAUCAGCGGUCCGCAAUCUCCACAUCUCCUCACCGGGAAUGGAUACGGCGUCUUUGCUCUCUUCUAUUCGCGAUUGGAACCCAAAAUAGACACUUUGUUCGAUUUAUGCUUCUGUUUGUUUUGACCGUCUUUUCCAGUUCUUUGACUGCGUUUUCUUGCUUGUGCUAGACUGCAAACUUGUGUUUGGACAGGCACGGAAGGGGCAAUGAUGGAUAAAGACGGAAUGGUUGUGCUGUUAGUUUUCUUAAAUGUGCUUUUCAUCCACACGGACGCGUUCAGAAGAGAUACCGCGGAGAGACAGUCGAGGUCCGAGGGGGGGUUCUGCCGGAUCUUGCGGACGCAGACGCGGGGCGCUCGGAGAGACGGACAGAGCGAGUUUCGCCUCAGAGUUGAAGGAGACCCAGAAACUUACCAACCCGGCAGCACUUACAGAGUGAGUUUGUAUGCCUCCAGCCCAUCUUACUUUCGUGGUUUUACCCUCAUUGCUCUGAAGGAAGGAAGGGAGGGCGUCACUCCUGAUGAUUACGCCGGCACUUUCAAGCUCAUUGAUGAAAGUGACACACAGUUCAUGACUAACUGCCCCCCGGCCGUCACAGAGAGCAUUCCCAGAAGACGCACAAGGAUACAGGUGUUCUGGACAGCGCCACCUUCUGGCAGUGGUUGCGUCACUCUCAA